CAAAUGCCCUAACCUUGAAUAAAGUCCAGUGGGAACAACAGACUGCAUGACAGUCCUGGAGCUCAAGAGGACCGCUUCUGACCAUUCUCCAAUCCUCGCCCAGCUUUGGUGUAUCUUCCCUGGGGACUGAUCUGGAUCCACACCACAGUCAUGGAUCUUUUCCACAGCUGGGGGGUGGAAGUGGCCAUCCAUCUGCAGACCCAGUAUGGGCAUUAUGAGGGCUGGUUUAGCCUAGCCUCUACAGUGGCUGACCUGCAUACCACCUUCUUUUGUUUCUUCCCAGUCUGGUUUCAUCUGCGCAGGGACGUGGGUGUAAAGCUCAUCUGGGUGGCUGUCAUCGGGGACUGGCUCAACCUGGUCAUGAAGUGGGUUCUAUUUGGAGAGAGACCCUAUUGGUGGGUCCAUGAUACCCGCUUCUAUGGGACAGAUCCAGCCCCUGCCUUAAAACAAUUCCCUAUCACCUGUGAAACUGGACCAGGAAGCCCUUCGGGUCAUGCCAUGGGCUCGUCUGGGGUGUGGUACGUGAUGAUAACAGCUGUCUUCUCAGUGGCGACAGAAAGGCGGUUCCCCCCUCUCCUGUACAGGUUCUUGCAGGUGGGGCUCUGGAUGCUGCUGUGUACAGUAGAGCUGUUGGUGUGCAUGUCCAGAGUCUACAUGGCUGCCCACUUCCCACACCAGGUCAUCAGUGGGGUCAUCACAGGUAUCAUGGUGGCUGAGGCCUUCUCCAGAGUGCAGUGGAUCUAUGGAGCCAGUCUGAAGAAGUACUUCUACACCACCCUCUUUCUGCUCUCCUUUGCUGUGGGCUUCUACGAGCUACUGAAAGCUAUAGGCGUGGACCUGCUGUGGUCCCUGGAGAAAGCCCAGAAGUGGUGUGUGAGAGCCGAGUGGGUCUACAUGGACUCCACUCCUUUCGCCAGCCUCCUGCGCAACAUGGGCACCCUGUUUGGCCUGGGCCUGGGCCUGCACUCACCCCUCUACACCGAGAACAAGAACAGCAGCAUCCCCUUCAGGGUGGGGUGUAUCACUGUCUCUUUAUUGUUGCUACAGAUUUUGGAUGGCUUGACGUUCUCCUCGAGAGACCAGGCAAUGUUCUAUGUGUUGUCAUUUAGUAAGAGUGCUGCUGCUCUCUUCAUUCCCACAGCUCUGGUUCCCGGAGGACUCUCCUGGAUCUUCCCAGGUAGUGGGGCGGCUAAGCUGAAAUUUUCAUAACAACAGUUCACUUUAUGAUAAAAGCACCAAAUUUUGCAGAGGUAGAUUUAUGUACCCUGAAAUUAUUUACAUAUCAGGCCAUGGCAGCCAUCUUACAAAAUGGCCACUGAAAGUAACACAACAUUUUACAAUUCAGAAGUAGUGUUUUGAUAUAACUGCACCAAAUGUGUUACAGAGGUAUGUACCCUGAAAAUAUUUACAGUAUAUAUGGAGCCCCCACAGAUUUGGCCCCUGGGGCCACAGCAGACAUUUUACAAAAUGCCAACAUAUUGUAAUACUGUUUAACAAUUCGGAAUGACUGUUUUGUGAUAACAGCACCAAAUAUGCUACAUAGGUACAUUGAUGUCCCCCGAAAGGAUUAAGAAAUGGAAACACCACAGAUUUGGCCCCUGGGGGCCUCUACGGGGCCAUGUCAGUCAUUUUACAAAAAUCACAACAUAUUGUAAAAUUGUUUUACAAUGCAGAAGGACUGUUUUGAGAUAACAGCACCACAUUUAGUACAGAGGUAGAUAGUACAGAGGUACAGUGCUUUCAGACAGUAUUCAUACACCUUGAUUUCUUCCACAUAUUGUUGUGUUACAGCUUAAAUUGAAAAUGGAUUACAUGUAUUUAUUUUUAUCUCACACAAUACCUCAUAAUGACAAAGUGAAAACAUAUUUUUUGUAAAUGUUUGCCAAUGUAUAUUUAGGCUUGCCAUAACAAAGGGGUUGAACUCAAGACCAUGUGGUAUUGUGUAGGCUAGUGACCAAAAAUCUCAAUUUAAUCAAUUUUAAAUUCAGUCUUUGACAAAAUGUUUUGGGAAAAAUGUCAAGGGGUGUGAGUACUUCCCGAAGGCACUGCAUGUCAGGGAUGUGCAACUAUGAUGGGGGUCUGGAGUCAUUAUGAGGGGCUGCAGUGGCUCGUGGGUCUGCGUACCCACACAUCCACACUGUGGCGGAGAGAAGAUUUUGCAGUUGUAGAGCGCAUUUCAAGCAAUUCUAAACAUUUUGCCAUAGGGUGGAGGCAAAUGUUUGCAGUUUUUAAUUUGAUGACUUAUGAUCAAUGGGCCUCACCCUGGUCGGUAAUUGCUUACUACAAGUUCAGAUAGCUAGACUAAUUUAGCUAGACUAAUUUACCAAUGACAUGAGCUAAUUAAGAGACUGCUGAUGCACAACUAAAUUCCAAAAUUGAACCUUGUAUUGUAUUAUUCUAACUCUUAGUUGAGACCCUGACCGAGUCCCCCCCCCCCACCCUGAUUUUAAAUUGGUCCACGGGCCGUAUGCAUCCCGCGGGCCACCAGUUGCCUAUCCCUGUAGAUGCUGCAGUGUAGCUUCUGAUGGAAUCCUAUACAUUCAAGACUUAUAGAUGGAUAUGGUUAUGCACAGGUGGUGAAUAUGAUCAAGCAUCUAAAAAGUUUGUAAUAUGGCAGGUAACCUGGUUGAUUUGAAGAAGUUAAAGUGUUUGACAAUUUUUGUGUUUUGUAUUUACUAGAUAUUGUGAACAAGUUUGCAGAGAUGAAUUAGUGAGUAAAAUCAGACAGAGGUGUUUAUACUUUUGAGUUUGAUUGUUCUUCCGAGAAAGCUUCGGUCCAGCUUUUCUUCUCUGUGUCUUGUUUUUCCAAAAUGCCAAUGCUGAUUAAAUUUUCACCAGAGCCAGGCAUUAAACAUUAA